UGUCAUCACCUCAUUCAACUAUCUUGCCUUUCUUGUAAUCAAGAGCUAAAUUUGGAACCUUAAACCUGGCACUUCACACACAUGCACGGUGCAUGCCUCCUUUAAUGACCACCGAAUAAUGUUUGGAGACCAUUUUAUCCCUUUAUUUACUCCAGAGAGUCCAAAGCUCAGGUGAUGUGCAGUGACCAGGCAACUGAGUGGACGGAUAAAAGCAGCAGGCGCUAUUCAUGCAGGUUAUCACUGGGAAGGCAAAACGGAUUCAAGACACUAGAUGUUAUCCAAAGACUGAGAACAAAAAUGAGCAUCAGUAAUGUUGCUCUAUAGCAGAUCAGCUGCAAUAAUGGAAGUAUUGUAUGGUUAUGGGAUAAGUAGCACAUUAUACCUGCAGAAGCAUUUUGGGCACGCUCAAAGCUGGUUUACCUUUGUGUCAACAAUAGCAGACCUGCGGACAACAUUUUUAUUUUUUUUCCCCAUUUGGUUCCACCUACAAUCAGCAGUGGGAGUCAAGCUAGUCUGGGUUGCUGUUGUAGGAGACUGGCUCAACUUAGUUCUUAAGUGGCUCAUGUUUGGCGAGAGACCUUACUGGUGGGUGAGAGAAACUGUUUAUUAUGGCAACUUGACUGUACCACAAAUUAAACAGUUCCCAAUGACCUGUGAGACCGGCCCUGGAAGCCCCUCGGGACAUGCAAUGGGCGCUGCAGGGGUCUACUAUGCCAUGGUUACGUCACUGCUGCUGAAUUUCAAGGAGUGUGACCCUCUGAAAAGAUGGUGCUUGCAGGCUCUUCUUUGGGCUGUUUUCUGGAGUGUGCAGGUGUGUGUCAGUCUUUCUCGAGUCUUCAUUGCUGCUCAUUUCCCACAUCAGGUCAUUGCUGGAGUUUUUUCAGGCAUUGCAGUGGCCAAAGCUUUCAACAGAGUGUCCUGGAUAUACUCAGCCAGCUUGAAGGGUUACAUGCACAGCAUCCUCUGUCUGGUGUUUGUUGCGCUGGGGCUUUAUGCGGUGUUGGAUGCUGCUUCAAUUGACCCCUACUGGAGCCUAAUGAAGGCACAGAAGUGGUGUAUUCAAUCUGAAUGGGUCCAUCUGGACACCACACCCUUCGCUGGCCUCCUCCGCAACACAGGGGCCCUGUUCGGCCUGGGACUGAGCCUCCAUUUGCCUACUCAUGGUGAUUUGCAAAAAAAUAAGAACUGUGGAAACAGCGCCUUUUACAGACUGACCUGUACAGCUGCAACCCUGCCCCUGCUGAGCCUCUUAGACUCGUUCAGACCACCCACCAGCACUCAUGCUCUCUUCUACACGCUGUCUUUCUGUAAGAGUGCCACAGUGCCUCUAACUACAAUCAGUUUUGUACCUUACUGCAUAAGCACACUAGCAAAUGCGUACCGCAGGAUGAAAGCCCAUUAAACUUUGAGUUGAUAAAUGUGAUAAAAACUCAAUCUGAUCAUGUGUUUAUGCAAAUUAAGCACAUGUAUUUAAUGUAUGUUUAUUUAUAUGUGUUUUCAAUUUUAUGUGUUAAUUGAUUGGCGAAUGUCUAGUGAUAUAUAUAUAUAUAUAUAAAACGUUAAUAUAACACAUUAUUUUACAUGAAUAAUACAACUUUCACAACAGAAAUAGAUAGAAGGGUUAAAUAAAAAAUAUGUUCAUAGAUUGUAUUUGUGUGUAUGCAGAGUUCAGAUGCUUAAACUUCCAUCGAAGAUGAACAUUUCUCUCAGCCUUCCUUGUUUAUGUUAGGUUUUUUAUACUUUAUAGAACAGGAAAAAGACUAAUUCUUUGCCAUAGCCAUAAUAUUAUUGAAUCUACACAAGAUCCUGAUAAAAAUGCUCAUUUUAGAGGAAAAUUUCAUAUGGCAUUAAGAGGUUUUGCACCUAAACUCUUCAUAUAUAUAUAUAUAUAGUCCCCGUUUAUUUUUUUCCCUUAUUUCGAAGAUUUUUUAAACACAUUUCUAAUCAUAAUA